AUGUCAUGGACCCCAAACCAGUGGUGCAGCGUGACGCGCCGGAAUUCGUGAAGCUAAUGCUGCUGGGAUCUUGAACGCUUCAGCAUGGACGCCAUUUUGGGCGGCUUGGCCAGCCUCGCAUGGGCCCGUGGAGAGGAUGCUGUGUUGAUGGGCAAUGACUUUUUAUCGUUUGUUGCAAUUAGCGGCGAUGCGCACCAGGCAAAAGUGGCGCAGGAUCUGUUUCGUCAAGAGGUUAGAUAUGAGAGGUCGCUGCAAAUCCGAGAGGACAUCCGUGAUGUGAACAAGUGCAUGAUGGAGAGCGUGCAGACGCACGUCCUUAUGGGAAGCAUCAUUUUAGCUGUAUGCUUCAGCAUGUCCAUCGAGGGCUUCAAGGGCAUUCGCACGGAACGAUUGUUAGACAUCCUGUGGUUGCUCUUUACAUGCUGGGCGUCCACGUUCACCUUUGUUGCGCUGUGGCUGGCGCUGCGCUUCCAGAUGAAGAUCUCUGGAAGUGCUCGGGAGCGGCUGUUGCGGCGUCACAGAUUCAUGGUGCCCGAUGAUGUGGUUGUCGGCAAGAUGGGUGGAGAGAACUUGGUCAACCAGAUGGCGGAUUUCCACAGCUGGGUGCUUACCACCAUGGAAGACCUCGUUUCAGCACAGACUGAUGAGGAGACCUUGCAAGAGAAGUGCGAACCAAUUUUUUUGAGGCCAGCUGAGCGACCUCUGCGUGUACGCGUGCAGAGCCUGGAUGAUGCACCAGUAGAUGCUGAGCCAUUGAGAAAAGGCCUGCAUGCCUGGCUGCAUGAGCACGGCGAGGGCUAUUCGCAGAACAAGACCCUGGAGGUUCCCUAUUUCUUGCUUGGUGAGACCUGCGUGCGAAUGCCUUGGGUGGUGCCCGCUGACGGGCCUUCACUCAAAUUGCGAGUGUAUGGCGAAGCGACCUUGUACGUGUCUACACAGUGCAUUCCAGGCGAUGCUCCGCUGCAAUCAAAGCGGCGGGGCCCUGCUAUGUCGGAGCCGUCGUCCCCAACCAGCCCCAUGAGCGCAGCAGGGGUGCGCAAGGCCUUGCGUUUGGAGAGCAUGGUCCCAGCCUGGCCGUCGGAUGAGCUGCCGUUGGUGCGGACAGGCUUCAACGAGAAAUGGAGGGGUGAAAGCGGCUAUGGAGAAUUCCGACGUGUGGAGGGCUUUUCCAUAUUUGUAGACAUGGAGCGAGCUAUGGAGCUGCCUUUGUACAAGAUUGUCCUUGCGAGCCCGGCAGACUUCGGCAGCGACUACAUCGAUGUGGUCGUCCAAUGGAACUUCAAAACAGCCUGCGAGGCGUUAACCGUGGUUCUGCGCCGUGGACUAGUGCAUUGCAAGGAGGAAGACUUUCCGUUGGCCGAGUUCAACACUGAAGUCAAGAAGAUGCUCCCUGUGAGAAGGUACGCUGGGGAUUACUUAGCUUCUGGGACCAUAUGCCUCCUUGUGGCAACCAGCCUCCUCUUUGCUGCCCGGGUGUACAACAUCAAUUCAGCGCUGGCUUGGUGGGGGUUCGAGGUGUUCUUGAUUGCUGUGGCACUGCUUCCCGGAUGCGUCUUGCUGCGGGUGAUGCCAGUGGAAGCUCCUGGUGAGGUCAUGCACCACAAUCUCAACACCAUCGACCAUCAUGAUGCCAAGCCAUCGCUGCUUGACCAGUUCAAGCGCACGAUGUCUGGUACCUUGGGCAGGCCAGCCACCGACUUGGGCAGGCGACGGCAGUCCAAGGAGUCGGGUGACUCAGAUGAGCUGUCCGGUGAGUUGGACGAGGAACAGAAUUAUUCCACCGACCUGGCCCACAGACUGGCUGCCAUGGAAGCGGAUCGCUUUCGCUUGGGCGAACGAGAUGCUGAUGACGAAGAGGAUGCUCCUCGUCGCCCGCCUCAAGCGCAAGAAAGCGAGUUUGGGCUUGGCUGCCUCUCACCAGAGUCAGCCCCUUGCCGGGACGUCAUCAGGGCCAGCAGUGACAAGGUCAGCGCAGUCGCUACGAGUUGCCAGAAUGUUUGGCGUGUGCCGCCGGAGACAGUAGCGCCCAAAUUUCGCAGGAAGGUUUCGUCCCAGAGUGACCCGCACGCCUUCGUGAGACUUCGAGAACCAGAGACCUACAAGGUCAGCAUGAAGAAGAACCUGCGAGCACUUUGGAAUGAUCUUCAGAUGGGGCUGGAGAGGCCCAGAUCCCUUCAGUUUUGGACAGCAUUUUUACAUGUGCUUUUUUCACUGUCCAUUCUCUCGGCCCGUCAGACUUGUGUUGGCGACGUGGCCUGAAGGGGGGUCCGGCGUGCAAGCCUUGAGUUGGGAGGUCUUGCCCACGGAGUGGCCGACCUUCUUCCAACCUUCGGCCGCGGAGUUGGUGGACAACGGACUGCUCUUCGCAGCGUCUGAUGGCAUUCUUCAAAAGUUUGAGUGGGCGGCCGGAAUCUUCCUGCCAGUAGGGCCAGCGCUAGCAGUGCCAGGAACAGCUAGAGGACUUGGCCUUGUCGACGGUCACUUGGGAGUGAUCAGCGAUGAGGGCUACUUUGGCACCAAAGAUCUGGAUGAGUCUUGGAUCAAUUCCACACUGCCGAGCACAUCGAGUGGCCCAUUAGGCAUUCUGGAGCAGGGCUUGGGCAAUGCCACUUUGUUUGCGCUGCUCCCUUCAGCGGAAAGGCUUGCAGCUGCAGCCCUGAGUGGCUCCUCGGGUACAAGUGCCUUGAUCCUUGGCACCGCAGAUGGCUCGCUGAGCCUGUGUCGUUUGCCUGCCACGGCAGGCCAAGCGAUGGAUGUGGUGCUGGAGCUAAAGCUUGGCUUGGAGGUCCAAGGUCUUCGACUUUGCCGCAGCACAUCUUGUCGCCAUGAUCAGGCAGUCAUUUGGGCAGCAGAUGUCCGAAGUCAGGUUUGGGCGGUCAGCUUGGAAUCUGGUGAGACACUUGCUAAGUUUCCUGCUGACCAACAGCUAGAAGGCUCUCUUGUGGGCCUCACUGGGAACAGCUCCCAUUUGGUGGCAUUGGUUCAGGCAAGCCACGGGCCUCAGCUUGUGGCAACACCCUACCCAGUGCUACCCAGCGCUUCACUGGAAUUGUGAUGCGGAAUUCAGACGGCACUUCGUGGGUGGUUCUCAAAACUUUGGGCCCUGGCGGUUAGCUUCCAUACCAAAGGCCCCCAUUGUGAGAAACGCCCUUAUGGGCGCUGUUCCGGCAGAUCUGGAUCCCAGAACUGCUUGUAGAGAAGCUUUGAAGCUUUGGGAUGUCCAUGAUUGAAUCAUGGUUGGCCUCCCAUGCGCUUGUGAGCGAAGCGCAAAA